UUGAAAUUAUUAUCUGCGCGAACUCUUUUAUCUGAUGAGCAAGUGAUUUACUUGCUGUAACUCUGUCAUUUUCGGUUGUAUUUGAAUAAUGCUUUGCUGGAAAAAAAGAAAAUUUCUUUUUCAAAGUUUUGUGUCCUUUUUUUUCUAUUCGAGAACCUGGUAAACAGAACAAGUUCAUAUAACCAAUUGUGAUGUGAUUACUAUAAAUUAGUGGAACAUUGAAUAUUACAGUUAUUCAAUUUUUGUCGUUGAUUACUGUAGGUUUCUAAUACGUAUCGUCAAUAAGUCUAAAUGUAAAAAUCUUGCAAUGGGCAGUUUAAUUAGUGAUAUUUUCCAAAAGACAUAUUCUUCUUGUAAAACUAGUCGUCGAUGGUGUAUAUAUGUUCAUAAAAGUACCAACUGUAUUCAAUAAUUUGUACACUUUGUAUUUGUCAUUAAAUUAGGCAAUUUUAAUUGUGAUAAUUUGCAUAUUUAUUCGAUGAAAUGAAGAACGUAAUGGUGAUAUUUAGUGUUAUAAUAUUAGUUGCAGUUUCUUGCGUUAUUGGAUUUGGAAAAACAAAAAUACGUACUUAGAUAGAUACAUAGAUUUGUAUUUUUAGGUAUUAUUACUGUGCUCAAUGCAAAUAUGGUGACAAAAUUGGGCACACGAAUUAUUAAUGGGACGGUAGUAACCAAUCGCACAGAAUUCGCUUAUCAGGUAUCGUUUAGAGUUAAAUCAUUAAACCAUCACUUCUGUGCUGGAACAAUAAUCAGCGAAAGGGCAGUUUUGACGGCAGCCCACUGUUUUGAAACAUAUUCUGCCAAUUCUGUGGUGGCUGUUGUAGGCGAUUUGGACAUAUCCGCAACCUCCAGGGAAACCGUUCACAUGGAGGUUGCCGCGAUCUUGUCGCAUGCAGACUACAAUAGAACAUCUAUCGAAAAUGAUGUUGCAGUUGCCAUGACUAAGGAAAUUUUUAGUUGGACUUCAACUGUUAAUUUUCUACCUCUUGCAAACAAUACGCCACAGGGUGGUACCGAAUGUUAUAUUUCGGGCUGGGGUUCUACUUAUUAUGAAGGACCUGCUUCGCCGAAACUUUUGUAUGCCAUUGUCCUUAUUAUUAACAAAACAGUGUGUAACAGUGUUUAUGGAAACAAAAUAACGGAAGAUAUGUUGUGUGCCGGAUAUUUGAAUGGAACAGCUGAUGCAUGUAGUGGUGACUCUGGAGGACCAUUAGUAUGCGGUGGUGUCGUUGCGGGUAUUGUUUCUUGGGGCUAUGGAUGCGCUCAUGCGCCAUAUCCAGGAGUCUAUACGGAUGUUGCCUAUUUCAAAAGUUGGAUCGAGACCCAAAUAGAGAACUACACGCCAGACAGUAGUCAUUCUGCCAAACACUAUUUUCAUGUUCAUAUCGCGCUAUUUUUAAUUGUUUGUGUGAUGCUCGCGAAUAAAUGAAUUGAUAAAAUUUUUAGAUAUGAGAAUGAAAAUAUUUGUUUUAGUAAUAAUAUGUUUUUAUAUAUUAUAUAUAAGUAGUAGUAAUAUUUUGCAUCCUUAAAUCGUCUGUACGUUUUUUGCAACGAUACCUGAAGUUGAAUGAAUUGCUAAGUAACUAAUGGAAUAUCAUUACAAUAAGAUACCAAUAACAAAAAUUAUUCUAACGUUAAAUAAGUAUUUCCGUACGUGUCUUUAUGAGAAAUAAUAACGAAAUAUAAGCCUAGAAAUCAUAGUACACUUGAAAAGCAAAAUUUUCAAAGCAUAUGAAGUAUUUCCAUUAAAGUCUGCUUACGGAAUAUCAUAUUUGGACAUUUUGACCACUCCUACUCUUGCGUCACAGCUGUCAUCAGCUGUUGUUAGCCAUCUUUGACAGCUGUCAUCGCCGGCCACCAUUUUGGUCUGUGCACCCUACCCCGAUUGCUUCGCUGCUGUAUCAGACUUCAUUCGUGGACUUCAGCCGUCAGCCCUUCGCCAUCAUUGUGAUUUACUCCACUACUACAAACAUCCAAAUGGCGGCCGACAUUGACAGCUGUCAAAGAUGGCCGAUAACAGCUGAUAGCUGACUAAAAACUUCGGCGUCGUUUUCCUACACUCAGAAGACUUACGGAGUUAUAACAUAUUGAAACAUAAUAUUGUCAUUUCUGACAGAAGCUAGGGGUGCUGCUAUUUUAAAUUGAAUUUAAAAAUGUAUACAAAAGAAACAAGUCUUGCUGGUCAGAAUUCUGCCGUACUAUACUUAUGUUCAUAACAUCGUUCUCAUCUUUAGAAGCCUUUUGUAAACCGUAAACCAAUUAGACAAAUACGCGAAUUGUGUAACUACUAUGGAUUCAGUUUAAUAAAAGUAAUAUGUGAAAGAGCUAUCGUUUAAACAGCGGCGGUUCGAGAGAGAUGUUGCGCAAAUAAAAAAAAAAUAAACAAACAAAUGUAGGCUUUGCUACGAACGGCUUAAGUCCGCUGGAUGGCUAUGAGUUGCGCAAA